UUCCAGCCCAACCUCUUGGUGGUGGUGGACGUCCCCGGGAGCGGUGGUGUUUUGCACCUUCUGGCUCAACAUGCGGUGUGCAAGCUCAGCUGCCAUCGUGGCCUUUUGCACCGGGCUUUGGGUCUUUAACCUGGCGCUGGUGCCGGGCCAGGAGACCGGGAGGAGCCCGGGGUCCGACUGCGAAGUAUGUAAAGAAUUCUUAAACCGGUUCUACAACUCCUUAAUUAUCAGUGACAUUAACUUUACACCGGACACCAUAGAAAAAGAAUUGAUCAGCUUUUGCUUGGAUGCCAAAGGAAAAGAAAAUCGUCUGUGUUAUUAUCUAGGGGCCACAAAGGAUGCAGCCACCAAGAUCCUAAGUGAAGUCACACGUCCCAUGAGUGUGCACAUGCCGGCAGGGAAAAUUUGUGAGAAGCUGAAGAAGAUGGACAGCCAGAUCUGUGAGCUGAAAUAUGAAAAGACUUUGGACUUGGCGUCUGUGGAUCUGUGGAAGAUGAGAGUAGCAGAGCUGAAGCGGAUUCUGCAUGGCUGGGGUGAAGAGUGCAGGGCCUGUGCAGAAAAAGCUGACUACGUGAAUCUCAUCAAAGAACUGGCCCCCAAAUACCAAGUGGCGUAUCCCCAAACAGAGCUCUAACCAUGGACACCAGCACACUGUGGCUUAAAUUAGGGAGAAAAUGAUGCUCAAGCCUGUGGACCAGUUCCAGGGUAUCCUGGAACUGCAUUGUGUUGGGUGUCAGACCUUUUUGUCUUUAUAAGUAUUACCUCAGAAUUUUGUCUCUGACUAAACUUGGGAAUUUUACUGGCAUCUCACGUUUGUAGUGAGCCAAAGCCUGCAAGUGCCUUUCACCUGAUGCUCCUUGCUGAUCUUCUAAAACUGGGAAAACAGAACUGUUGAAUACUGAUGAGAUAAGCUGAUUUUAAGAGCAAAGAGUGUGCCCACAUGGGGUGUUUUUGUAUACGAGUUUAAAAUCAAAUACAUUGAACUAGGAGAAAAGAAACAACAGCUUGUCUGACAUACAACUCUAACCCUAAUAAUGACCUAACAUAAUCAACUUAUUCUUUCCUUUUUCUUUUUUGACUGUAAAAAGAUCUAUUCUGGGUUUCUUUGCUCUCAGAAUAGUAGGGCAGGGUCAAUGGAAGUUACUGUUUUCCUCCUCAAGAAAACCUGCUUGAAUCUACUUAGAGAAACCAGAUCAAGCACCCAUUCAAGGCUAGCCAGUGUUUGUAACCAUACUUGCAUUGGCAAGUGUUAGAGGA